AUGACUUUAUGGAUAUAUACGAACGUCCAUCAACCUCGUGCGGAUCAAAUCACCUUUACCAACGGCUAUCUGCUACCAGAGUGUGGCACGACCGAGCCGAUCAAUCCUACUUGGACCUGUUUACCGAGCGAUCAGUAUAGUAUCGAUGGAUUCAACGCAGACGUACGAGGUCUGAUUUUCCCGUUGAUAGUCUUGGCUUUCUUGUUCGCCGAACAGCCGAAGAAGUUUCGAGAUAUACAAGCAAGGGACAAUAACAAGGAGGAGAAGCAUGUGAAUCUGUUCGUUCACGUGAAACAGCUACUCCUCUUACGCCAUGACAAACCGACAGUCUGGUUAGAGCAGGGUUGGCAUCAACUCUGGUCUCGGAUCCCAAAUGACGCCAAGCACAGAUUAGAUGACGCACAGACAAACAUGCGCAGAUUCUCCCGAGAAUCGACAUACAAAGCAGAAGACUGGGCAGAUGCGAUACUGAAGAAAUGUCCCGCUUGGUUGAACAAAUCAGGCACUGUGGUGCGAAGCAAUGUGAUUACACCCAUCUACACAUGGACACGAAGCGCGAGCAUCCGGCUAUGGACAUACAUGCGGAAUAUCGAGAUCCACAAAGCACUGCUCUUGAUCUUGGACGCUUGCUACAAGAUCGUUCCGUUCCUGGCGGAAGUCGGUAUUGUGACCAUCAAUAUAGUCCUCCUGGUUCAGUAUGCUGGGUACCUUAAAGUCAUUGGUGAUGGCUCUUGGUCGCUUGGUCAAGUCAUCUCUGUCACGAUUUGGGUUCCAGUCGUUGUCGAGUACGUAUACCUACUCAUAUGCGGAAUCGAGGAGGGAUUUGAGUGUCGGCUUUCGGAGCCUUAUCACGUCAAGAAAGACGAUGCAGAUUCGUCCGACGAAGACGAGGGCACUACUGUCGAUGCUGCUACAUUACGCAAAGACUCGAGCUCAGAGGAUGAUAGCGACGCAGUGGAGUUAGACUCAUUACGGGAUGGAGAGCCAGUUGACGUUCAGCACGUCUUGCUGGUACCGAAGAGACCAUAUACAGGUACAUGA